AUGAGAAGCGGGAGCACAAAGACAGAAAUCGAAGGCGUAGCAGCAAAGCCGCAGAGCCCACCCAUGGUCCAGUUACCCCAAGGCGUUCUAGCUGACUACCCACAGUACAAUCCGCAUAUGUUGCUGCGACUUACACAAACCUAUGAUCUCUUGACUCCACCACCAGCGGUGCCCCUUCCAGUGCUAAAGCAGCCUGCGCUGGUAGUGACACGAAAUGAGCAAACGGAACCAAUGAAUUGAACAGCAAUAACAACCACAGUGGAUCCCAUAGAGGGACUUCUAGCAGCUUGGGCAGAUACAACUACAGCAAACAGUUUUGUGGCCGUAACCUCGGAACUGACGGGAGUACACAAAGCCGAAAGUGAGCGGCAGCUUAACAUUGAUGAUGCAUCAAUAGGAUUAAAUACAGUAGACAGCAACAUAAGACCAAGAUCUGAAGAGGCAACAACACGUUCACGACCCGCUGGUAAAAAAUCAGUGCAAGUGGAAGAAACGGACAUAGAGCUGUUUCAAACUACCCAAUCCAUACGUGAUUACUUCGGUACAACACCACGAGUUAUUCCGAGCACAACAGCCUUGGACAUUUCAAAUGAAAUUGAAACUAUGUCAGCACCCGUGAGUCAUUCGGGCGCCCCUUCAUUUGUUCCUUCCGAGUAUGACGUAUCUGGACCGAUGUACGAAACAAAAGAUAGACCACAACCGUCAUUUCGAAUGCAAAUGCCAACAGCACCGCCGUGCCCAGACAAAGAAACUUUGACAGUAUUCACUGGUUACAAGGAGGUCGAUACUCCCGAAUCGUCACCAAAUGGAACUAUCCGUGGCCACUCUUUCUCAAAACCUACAAAAUUGUACGACCAGCUCGGUAAAAGGUUUUACAGAAAACAUCGGGAGAGUGGUACGGUGGGAAAACAACAACAAGUUGCCAAUGGUAGGCAGGCCAGACGCAGAACCCAUGGCACUAGUAAACAGCUCCGGCAGCAAAUGGGGACGAGCUUAUAUCAAUACAAAGCGAAAACGAGACCAAAGUGCAACAGUGCGGACUUAAAAAGACUAAUGCAAGAGAGAAUGACGUUAUCAACCAGUGCAUCAAAGCAAAUGGUUUUUUCCGGCGCUCGAUUAAUGUAUCCGGGACGAAUCGUCAAUGUAAUUUGCUCUCGGCAUUCAUUUUCUUAUAUCGUUGUAACUUCGCCCGUCUAUUGCGAACAUAGAAAAGGACACCUUACAUGUUUUACUUUUUUGCAACCAUGA